UUUAUGAACUGUUUUGAUGAGUGGUGUUAUUUUUUUCAUCAGAGGCGACAUUAUUCGCGUUUAUUUAUGACUGUCGGUCACUUAAACAUCUGCUGGAUCUCUCUCUCGUUUCUCACUGCUGUCAUAGUGUUUGUCAUGUCUUCAAAGACCGGGGAAAAAUACGUUUCUGUAGAUUUUGAGAUAUUCGGGAAUGUUCAGGGUGUUUGUUUCAGAAUGUAUACAGAAGAAGAGGGCAGGAAGUUAGGAGUGACCGGCUGGGUGAAGAACACGAGACAGGGUACUGUGAUCGGACAGGUUCAGGGUCCCCCUGAGAAAGUCAAAGAAAUGAAGUAUUGGCUCAGUAAAGUGGGCAGUCCGAGUUCUCGAAUCCACCGUGCCGAGUUCUCCAAUGAGAGAGACAUCUCCAAACUGGAGAUUCAUGGAUUUGGCACUCGCUACUAAAACCCACCCAGUUUGUUGAGUUAAGACUGAACACUUCAGUUCGAGUCUGGAGCGACAAACAAAGUCAGUGUUUAACAGACCACUUGAAUUAAACCUGACUAUAAUUUAUCCUGUAUGUAUAUUAGUAUAUUUUUCUAAAUAUUAAUGACUUAUUUACUCCAAACAAAACACAAAUAUGGAAGAGUUGCCAGUAUUCUUUCAUUUGAGUCAUUUGCUCAAACUCAUCCUGAAAUAUACAUAUAAUGUAAUUAACAAAUAUUCUGU